AGAGAGCACGUUGCGCGGCUGUGUGCUGUGCCUGCACCUCUCCCCCUCCCGUUGAAUCGGUUGUGUGUGUGUUUCUAGCCGUGUGCAUGUGACCUCUCGAGCGGCGUGCGUUGUGCUGUGAACACGCACCCAUCUUUUGUUUUUGGUGCCGCCCACCGCGCAAGGAAUCAUGGCAGCCGACCCGCCAGCCCGGAGCCUGGACGAUAUCGACCUCUCAGCUUUGCGGGAUCCAGCUGGGAUCUUUGAACUGGUUGAAGUGGUCGGGAAUGGCACAUAUGGCCAAGUGUAUAAGGGCCGUCAUGUCAAGACGGGACAACUCGCCGCCAUCAAGGUCAUGGACGUGACUGAGGAUGAAGAAGAAGAGAUUAAGCAGGAGAUUAACAUGUUGAAGAAGUACUCCCACCAUCGCAACAUUGCAACGUACUACGGAGCCUUCAUCAAGAAGAGUCCUCCGGGGAACGAUGACCAGCUAUGGCUGGUCAUGGAGUUCUGCGGUGCGGGAUCGGUCACAGAUCUGGUGAAGAACACGAAGGGGAACUCCCUGAAGGAGGACUGCAUUGCGUACAUCUGCCGGGAAAUCUUACGGGGUCUGUCUCACCUUCACGCUCACAAGGUCAUCCAUCGAGACAUUAAGGGUCAGAAUGUCCUCUUGACGGAGAACGCUGAAGUCAAACUGGUUGAUUUUGGAGUCAGCGCGCAGCUGGAUCGCACUGUAGGCAGAAGAAACACUUUUAUUGGAACUCCGUACUGGAUGGCUCCAGAGGUCAUUGCUUGUGAUGAGAACCCAGACGCCACAUACGAUUACAGGAGUGACAUCUGGUCUCUGGGAAUCACUGCUAUCGAGAUGGCAGAAGGAGCUCCACCUCUGUGUGACAUGCACCCGAUGCGGGCCUUGUUCCUCAUCCCCAGGAAUCCUCCUCCCAAACUGAAAUCCAAGAAAUGGUCGAAGAAAUUUAUUGAAUUCAUCGACACCUGUCUCAUCAAGAACUACACGAACCGGCCACCUACCGAGCAACUGCUGAAGUAUCCAUUCAUCAGGGACCAGCCGACCGAGAGGCAGGUCAGGAUCCAGCUGAAGGAUCACAUCGACCGCUCCAGGAAGAAACGCGGUGAGAAAGAUGAGACAGAGUACGAGUACAGCGGCAGUGAGGAUGAGGAGGAGAAUCAUGGUGAGGAGGGGGAGCCCAGCUCCAUCAUGAACGUGCCUGGAGAGUCCACACUCAGGCGCGAGUUCCUCCGGCUGCAACAAGAGAACAAGAGCAAUUCAGAAGCCCUGAAACAGCAGCAGAUGGGCCCACAGCACCGCGAUUCAGAGGCACACAUCAAACAACUUCUGCAUGAGCGCCAGAGACGCAUCGAGGAGCAAAAAGAAGAGCGCCGGCGUGUGGAAGAGCAACAACGGCGCGAGCGAGAUCAGAGGAAACAGCAAGAGAAGGAACAACAGAGGAGACGAGACGACCUGCGUAGGGAGGAGGAGAGACGGCUGGCCGAGAGGGAGCAAGAAUAUAUCAGGCACAAGUUAGAGGAAGAACAGAGACAGUUAGAGAUUCUCCAGCAGCAGCUUCUGCAGGAACAGGCCCUCUUACUGGAGUACAAGCGCAAGCAGCUGGAGGAGCAGCGCCAGUCGGAGCGUCUGCAGCGACAGCUCCAGCAGGAGCACGCCUAUCUGAAGUCGCUGCAGCAGCAACAACAGCAACAGCAGCAAGAGAAGAAACCGCUGUACCAUUAUAACCGGGCCGUCAUGAACCCCAGUGAGAAGCCAGCCUGGGCCAGAGAGGUGGAGGAACGCUCAAGACUGAAUAAGCAAAACUCGCCUCUCUCCAUCACAAAGCUCAGCUCGGUGGACUUGUCGGGGCCCCUGUCACAGACUCCUCCAUCCCACAGACCACUAGAUUUUCAGGACCAUAAGCCACUCCGCAAUGUUCCACAGAACCGCAUAGUCCUCAAACCCAGUCCCCGACCGAAUUCCCUUCAAGACCCAGCACCUGCUCCCAUUCGCCAGCCAGCUGUUGUCCCUUCUGUAUCUCGGGGCCAGCUAGCUCGUCAGAGUUCAGACCCCUCACCGGAAGUUGUAUUGCCUUCCGUUCGACCCGACAGGGGACCCUGGGUGAAAAAGGAACCAGAGGUCCAACCUCCUAAGGUCCCACAGAGGACGACGUCCAUAGCUACAGCGCUGAAUACAAGUGGGUCAGGUGGGAACAGACAGGUCCAGGCCGUGAGAGCCAGUAACCCCGACCUCCGCCGAGCAGAGAGCGGCUGGGAAAGGGGAGAUUCUCUCCUGCAGUCUCCUCAUCCAAACCUUCCCCAGGCUGGAUCUCUAGAGAGGAACCGCAUAGUCCCCCAUAAGCUGGAGGAGCCCUCUAUCAGUCCGCCAGGAAGUAAAACUCCAGGAGAGGAGCACCGGUCCCGACCAGGACGUCCAGCUAGUUAUAAAAGAGCGAUAGGAGAGGACCACUUACUAGUGAAAGAUCGCCCAGAAGAUGUCCCCAAACCUCCCAAGAAGGCUCUGGAUUAUUCCUCUUCUAGCGACGAGAUGGACAGCAGUGAUGAGGAUGACGAGGAGGGCGACCAGGAGAGGCAGGAACAGAGCAGGGACAGCUCAUCCGCCAGUCGGAACGGGCGAGAUGCAGACACAGAUAGCGUGAGUACCAUGGUGGUCCAUGAUGUGGAGGAGCUGGUUGGCAGUACGUCGGACAGUUCAUACGGAGAUGGAACCAUGAUUGUCCAGAGGACGCCAGAAGAAGAAAGAAAUCUUCUCCACGCCGACAGCAACGGGUACACCAAUCUACCAGACGUGGUACAGCCAAGCCAUUCCCCCACCGAGACAAAGGGUCAGGGUUCAUCCCCCAGCAAAGAAGGCAGCGGAACUGACUAUCAGUCCCGAGGUCUGGUGAAAGCUCCUCCCAAAACCUCAUUCACCAUGUUUGUGGAUCUGGGGCUCUACCAGUCAUCAGGAGGAAGUGGGGACACCAUCCCUGUGGCAGCAUCAUUCGUAAGCGCAGAAGCCGCCAGGUUGGAGCAGCUGAAGUACGAGGCCCGGAAAGGAUCUGUAGUGAACGUGAAUCCGACUAACACCAGGCCGCACAGCGACACUCCAGAGAUCAGGAAGUACAAGAAGAGGUUCAAUUCUGAAAUCCUGUGCGCGGCGUUGUGGGGUGUCAAUCUCCUGGUGGGCACAGAGAACGGCCUUAUGCUUCUGGACCGUAGCGGACAGGGCAAGGUCUACAGCCUCAUCACACGGCGGCGGUUCCAGCAGAUGGAUGUGCUGGAGGGUCUCAACCUGCUCAUCACCAUCAGUGGUAAGAGGAACAAGCUUCGGGUGUACUAUCUCUCCUGGCUAAGAAACAAGAUUCUCCACAAUGACCCGGAGGUGGAGAAGAAACAAGGGUGGAGCACGGUAGGCGAUAUGGAAGGAUGUGUACACUACAAAGUAGUGAAAUACGAACGUAUUAAGUUCCUGGUGAUUGCACUGAAAAACUCUGUGGAGGUUUACGCCUGGGCCCCAAAACCUUACCACAAGUUCAUGGCGUUCAAGUCAUUUACAGAUCUCCCUCACAGACCACAGCUGGUGGACCUGACGGUGGAAGAGGGUCAACGGCUGAAGGUUAUUUACGGAUCUUCAUCAGGUUUCCAUGCCGUCGAUGUGGACUCGGGGAACAACUAUGAUAUUUAUAUCCCAGUCCAUAUCCAGAGUCAGAUCAACCCUCACGCCAUCAUAUUCCUGCCAAACACAGACGGCAUGGAGAUGCUGCUGUGCUAUGAGGAUGAGGGCGUCUACGUUAACACCUAUGGCAGAAUCAUCAAGGAUGUGGUGCUGCAGUGGGGAGAGAUGCCAACCUCUGUGGCGUACAUCUGCUCCAACCAGAUCAUGGGUUGGGGGGAGAAGGCCAUUGAGAUCCGCUCGGUGGAGACUGGUCACCUCGACGGGGUGUUUAUGCACAAGAGGGCUCAGCGACUAAAGUUCCUGUGUGAGCGCAACGACAAGGUCUUCUUUGCCUCCGUUCGUUCCGGUGGGAGUAGUCAGGUCUAUUUCAUGACACUGAACCGCAGCUGUAUAAUGAACUGGUGAAGGAUGGAUCGUUUUUGGGGGAUUCAAUGACAAAUUGAGAGACUGCUCCUGAUCUCCCCCACACACACUGGAGCCCAUCCUUAUUUAUCCCUCCCCAGAACACAUUCCCAAUUCCCCUGACACUUCUUACAGCGCCUUGCUUGCUUAUUUUAUCUACAUUUUAAUUUAUUGGGGUGUUUGAUAGCUAUAAUCCUACAAGGCCAAGAGAAGACGGUUCAUUCCCCCAUCGCUGUCCCCUCCAGUAUUCAGGGGGAGAUGGAGCCAGGGAAGGUGAAGAUUGAAAGAUUCCAGUGAUUACACUUUAGACUUUACUCUCGCUGAAGGUUUGUACACCUUAACUCAUGUGUCAAUGCAAACAAAGUGUCCUGUGUGGGUGUUAUAUGGGCCCCAGUGUUUGGCAAAGCUCGGAUUAAUGGCGCUUUAUUGGGGGAUAGGGAUUUAUUGGGAAACCACCUUCUAACUACUUAUGGAGCGUGAGCCAGCAAUUUCAUGGCAGAUCCCUUUUUGGGGAAUACGAGGAGCCAGUUAUUUUUCAGAGGUUAAAAAAACAAACAAUUGUUGAAAUGGAAGCUUCCUGUGCUUUUGGGGUCAUUUCAGACCCCAUCGCGGUACCUCUUUUAUAUGCUAACCCUUCUCAAACAUUUGAUUAGGAGUGUUCACUAAUGGCACAUUUACCCUUUUAAAAGCACUUUAUUGAAUAUAUAAACCUGUAUGAAUCCAAAGUCUCCUUCUCCUGACAAAAA